AUGAGUGGCCGAUUCGUGCGUUCGUCUAAGUAUCGUCAUGUAUAUGGCAACCCGGCGAAGAAGGAGAUGUCUUUUGACAAUGUCAAGGCUUGGGACACGAACUUGAUGUCGUCUGGUGGGACGUUUAUCUCUUUAAACUGGCAGGUGUCAGGUGGCGGAGCCUUCGCCCUGUUGCCCCUCGCUCAGCCUGGGAAAUUGCCUGAUUUGUACCCGCUGUGCCGUGGUCACACGUCAGCCGUAUUAGACACGUCAUUCAGCCCGUUUGACGACCAUGUUGUUGUGAGUGGUGGUGAUGACGCACAGUUGUCUGUGUGGAAAGUGACGCCAGACGACAUUGUCCAGCGAUUGGACGACGCAAAGACAUCUGGCUCGAUGGACGAUAUCAAGCCAGUAUCCAGUUUUGUUGCAGGUAGGCGCCGCGUCGGACAUGUCGAAUUCCACCCUACAGCAUCGAAUGUGGUUGCCGCAGCCACGGGAGAUCAUGCCAUCAAGCUCUUUGAUAUCGAGAAGCAAACACCACGUGUGGAUCUCCGAGGCUUUGGAGACUCGAUCCAGUCUAUGGCGUUCGAUCAGACAGGCAGCAUGAUCGCUGCGACAUGCCGUGACAAGAAGUUGCGCUUGCUCGAUGCUCGUGCGCCAGACAACAUGCAAACGACAGAUGGGCAUGGCGGCAUCAAAGGUGCACGUGUGAUUUGGUGCGGCGACAAGCCGCGCAUUAUCACCACAGGCUUCAGCAAAAUGUCAGAACGCCAGAUGUUCCUUUGGGAUGUGGCACAAUUGACAAAGCCUAUCAAGACUGUUUCACUCGACAGUAGCAAUGGCAUCAUUAUGCCGUUCUGGAGUGACAACAACAUUGUGUUCCUCGCUGGCAAAGGCGAUGGAAAUAUUCGGUACUAUGAGUUGGAAUCAGAUGAACUAUACUAUCUUGCUGAGUACAAGUCCAUUGAGCCACAGAGUGGUAUGACGUUCCUCCCACGUCGCGCACUGAAUGCAAAUGAGAACGAAAUCGCCCGUGCAUACAAGGUGUCCUACUCGAUGAUCCAGCCAUUGUCGUUCUAUGUGCCGCGUAGGUCGGAGACGUUUCAAUCGGAUAUUUUCCCUCCUGCUCGCUCAACGACGCCCCCACUCACAGCCACGGAGUUUUUCGAUGAGAAAAAGACUGCGACUCCGAACCUUCUGAACUUGGAGACUCGUGAAUCGAUACACGGUUCACAAGCCACAAGUCUGCCAGGCAAUCUACAGGCAUCGACUGGCGAGAAGGAACUAGACCUGAAGUCAAGUGGCGAUGCGGAGCCAUGUAAGGAGGAGGUGUCUAACGCUGCGGUUACACCAAAGGAUGCUAAGCAAGAGGACUCGAAGACUGCCAAUGAACCAGCAGAUGCUAUACCGAAAUCAGAGUCCAAAGAGACUGAUAAAGAAAAAGCAAAGGAUGCUAUUGGAAAGCCGACAGACGAGGUGAAUGCUAAGGGAGCAAAGGGUGCUGACAAGUCGAACGCUAAGGAGGCAGAGGUAAAGCCGUCCAGCAAAGCUGAUUCCAACGAGAAUGAAACCAAGUUAGACGACAACGUUGGUUCCAAGGACCCGCCAGCUCAGCCAGCCGUAAACGAUGUUUCGAGGGAAGCCGAGCCGAAGACAGACACAAAUUAUGUCCCUGCAACAAUAGCACAGAACACGCAAUGUGAGUCAGAAGAUGUGCAUUCAAACGAGCCCUCUAUGACUGAUGCUGCACCCUUUCACCCAGACCGAACACAAGAUGCCAAGCCAUCCUCGGCGUCAUCAUCCCUUGCGACUGUGGCCUCGAAAAAUGACACAACUUCGCUGGCAGGCCCUAACACAGCUGCAUCCGAUGUUGAUGCCCUCAAGACGCAGAUUCAGGACCUCCAGGCGCAGGUCGCCGAGCGUGACACGCACAUUCGCGAGCUUGAAAUGGAAAACAUCAAGCUCCGCGUCAAUCAGCAACGUGUUCGCGAUGUGCUGCUUACUUCCACGUAG